AUGUCACCUGGCGGGGUAGACGAUCAGGAAAUCCUUCACCCCGCUCUCUCCAAGUCGUUUACAACCUCACGAAUCUCUCUCCCCUUCACCGAUAUCACCAAUACCGCCAUCAUGUCCUCCCUCAAUGAACGCUUCGAAGCCGCUGCCGCCGAUGUGAAGAACCUCAAGGCGAAGCCUACCGAUAACGAGUUGCUGGAGCUCUACGGCCUCUACAAGCAAGCCACGACCGGUGACAAUGACACAACAAAGCCCGGAGCUUUCAGCUUCAAGGAGAAGUACAAGUGGGAGGCAUGGACCAAGGUCCAGGGAAAGACCCAGGACGAAGCCAAGGAGGAUUACAUUAAGCUUGUUGAUCAGCUCAAGGCCAGUCAUGGAUUCUAA